CGACGAUCUACAAUGAAAGUGGUGUUUGGCGGGUUGUAUUUAUUUGCCCCAUUGUACAUAAUCUCAAUAAUAAACCCAUCCAAAGAGGACAAGAUAAGGACAAAACUAAGCAGAUUGGAACUUGAUUAACUGGGGGUAUGGUUCACCAGGUUUAUGGAUUAAUUAGUCGGACAAUUACGUUGUGAUCUUGGAUGGGCGUGGAUGCCGUGGAUCUCUGUCGAAUGGUGGGCGUGACAUAACAAAAUGUAUUUCACCUGCGAAAUUCACAAGAAGCAAUUUACCACCAUUGAGGCGUUGAAAGAUCAUGUUGCAAAGGUUCAUCUCGAUGAAAAACCAAUAUCAUCAUCGUCGUCGCCGCCGAAAAAAGUAAUAAAAGCGGUCCCAUUAUCGUUUUCCAAAAUUAUCAAAAGAUCCACACAGCCACAGAAAGGAUCAGGAAAACAGGCAUUAAAAAUUUGGUUACAGCAGAAGCAAAAGGGAACCAUAAUUGCUAAGGAUCCUCCUCCCCCUCCUCCUGAAGAAACUGUGAUACGAGAUGAAGCUCAAGCUACUAUUUGCACAAUUGAAAAGGAUUCACAAAAUUCUAUGCAAUGCUACAUUUGUGAAAAAUACUGUUCAAACUCUGAAACUUUUGACAGCCACCUUCAAACACAUUUCAAUGGGAACUUAUUACCAGAAGAGCCUAGUAAUUUAAUUGCCAAAAUCAAGCCUGACCUGAAUAUUGUCAAGAAAGAGGAGACUCCAGACAAGAGUCAAGACAAUGAUGACAAUAAAACACAAUAUUCUCAUUCGUGCCACUUAUGCUUCCGAUGUUUUAAAACUUUUGACGCCCUUCAUUCUCACAUGCUAUCGAAACACCUUGAUGAAGAAAUUUCGAGUGAAAGCGAAGAAAGCAUUGAAGACGAUGAUCAAGAUGAUCCAGACUUUGUUCCUCCAGAGAUUGAAGAUAUUGAAGAUUUUGAGGAACCAGAGCCAGAAAUGCAUCCACCAACUGAAAGAAUCCCCCAGAAUAAAAAUACUUCCACACUUCAAACAGUCCAACGCAAAAAAAGACGAAGCAUAAGACCCAUAAACCGAAAUUCAAGCCAACAUGCAAAUUAUAUCCCGUACCUCCCUCCAGGAAAAUUAAUCUGCUAUUUUUGCGGUCACAUACCAGCUUUUCUAUACACGUUUGAGCAUCACAUGUGGAAACAUACAUUGGAGCGACCGUAUUCCUGCAAAAUUUGUAGCAGAGCCUGCCGAGAUCAAGAAACACUUGAUAAACAUGCUAAAUCUCACAACAGCGUAUCAGACAAAGGUCGUAACUAUAAGUGUAAACUUUGCGGGAGUAGUUUUAAGGACCCUGGGACCUUGAAUAAACAUCUUUUAACACACUCUAGCCAUCGGCCAUUUGCAUGCAGCAAGUGUUCCAAUUCGUAUAAGCGAUUAUCAGAUCUCAAACGACAUAUGAUGAGCAUUCAUCAGGCCACAAAGCAAUACAAGUGUGACGUUUGUUCCCCAAACAGGGAAUUUGCUAGAAGAGACUUUUUUAAGUUUCACAUGAAAACGAUGCAUCCUGGGAUAACGUAUGAAGAACCAGCGUCUCAGUUUGACGGGAUAGAGAAGACAGAAACUUAUUUAAUUACAUGUUAUUCUUGUAACAUUAACUUUUCUGAUUAUGAUAAGUUUCUCAAACAUAAGAGGACCUUCCAUUCAAAUAACAUGGUCAAUACGACCCAUCGUAUUUCAGACAAUCCGAAAUCCAUCAAAAAGAAAAUCAGAAUGAUGUUAUCCUCAAAGAGGCUGGAAAUCCUGUGAGGAGGAAAAAUCAGAAGAUAACGACUCUCAACCUGACGACCAACUGGACAAAUUAAAAUGUAAUUUCUGCGAUGGUAGACGAUUUGGCAGUGAUGAAAGUCUCAAAUCACAUAUGGAAUUGUUCCACUAAAGCUGUACCCUGACUGAAUAUAAACUAUUAAUUAAUUGCAUAAUACGGGCUCAAUCAAGUAGGUGAAAUAUUAGUGUUAAAAAAAUCAUAUCAUUCAGGUUCAUUCUUAUUCAUAUUUUUUAAUGUAUUGUUAACCAAUUGAUUACUAAUAAUAAUAAUAAAUAGUUUGAGUAAUAAAGACUUUACCACCGUUUGGGUUUACCAUAUCCCGAAAAA